AUGAGCGGUUUAAUGUUGCUUGGACGCAACUUAUCCUUGAAAACCACAAAGAGUUCAAGUCCUUCCUCUGGCAUCCGUAUGCUGCUUUUGAUUCUAAAACGCGAUCUCGUGAUCAUACCGUCAGCUGCAACGACCAAAGAGUUACAGACGGCGUGA